AUUCCUUACCUGGAAAGUGCAAACACCGGCCAAAGCCAUGGAAUCACAUGAGCAACAAACACAAGAAUAUUCUAGAAUAUCUCUUCAAUUGUCAUAGAGCUACCUCUCUUUCUACUAUAUAAACACUUUUCUCCUUCAUUUAAUACCACAGCACACCACAGCACCAUCAUCAUCUUGUUCUUCUUCUUCAGUUUCUCAAUAGAAAGACCAUCCUGGGCAAAUCUAGUUAGAGAGGGAAAUGGCCGAGUCUUCAACUUCAACUUCAACUCCAACAUCAGAAUCCAACCAUACAAUAAUAUCCAAUGCAGAUCCUCUGAAUGCUCCUGACCUUUUCUUUUUACAAGAAAGAAAUGAACUAGGUAUCUCUGAUUCAGUUUCAGGGGAAGGAAUGCACCCAUUUUUUGAAUUUUGCGUGCCCCUUUACACACAUGGUAUGAAAGGCAAUUGGGCAGCAGCUAAAUGGAUCUUAGAAAACAACGAUGAGAGACUGAAACAUGGAGCAAUAACAAGGAAUUGGAGUACACUGCUCCAUGUUGCUGCAGGUGCAAACCAUUCUCACUUUGUGGAACAGCUGCUACACAUGCUCCAUGAUCAACACGUUUCGUUCCAAGAUAACAAGGGCAACACUGCUUUCUGCUUUGCUGCAUCAUCUGGAAACAUGCGUAUUGCUAAUUUAUUGCGAGACAGAAAUCCACACCUCCCAACAAUCAGAGGUGGAGGUGGAUACCUCCCUAUUCAGUUUGCUGCUAUGCAAGGAAAAUGUGAAAUGACAUGGUUUCUGUAUCAACGAAUAAUCAACACAGAAGUAUUCCAAGAACCUGAUAAGAAAUCCUUGUUUUUCUCUAGUGUUAAAACCGGCAACCAUAGGUUUGCCUUACAAAUGGCAAGAGACUGGCCAGACCUAGCUUGGGCACGUGAUCAGAAUAAUGACACAGCUUUGCAUAUCUUGGCUUUGGAUCAAACCCCCUUACAUUCUUGUUCUCAUUGUCCAGAUAUUACAGAUCCCAUCAGGAUCAACCCCGGAACCAAAAAAGUUGUGACUUUCCAAUUGGUUAAAUAUCUUUGGCAAACGAUUCUUCGCCGCAAAAGCUUCUCGGAAGUAAUUGAAAUCAUAAGUGAACCUUACCAGGCAUUAUUUGAUGCAGCAGAAGUUGGUAACUUUGAAUUCUUAUCAGAGCUUAUUAGUGCUCACCCUAGUUUGAUAUGGGAAGUUGACAACAAAAAUCACAGUAUAAUUCACACAGCAGUUUCACAUCGCCAUGCUAGCAUCUUCAAUCUAAUACACGAGAUAGAAUCCCAAAAGGAUCUCAUAGUAACAUACAUCGUCAAUGUAAGCAAUCAUUCACCUUCUGAACCAGUAAUAACAAAUAACACUUUAUUGCAUUUGGCUGCAAAGUUACCUCCCCCACGUCAACUUGAACUAGUUUCUGGAGCAGCAUUCCAGAUGUGCCUCGAGAUAAUAUGGUUUGAGGAGGUGAAGAAAAUAAUGCCCCCAUCAUUUGUCAUAAUGAAAAAUUCUAAUGACGUAACUGCUCAGGAAUUAUUCAGAACAGAACAUGAAGAAUUGCGGAAAAAAGGAGAAGAGUGGAUGAAACGCACUGCAGAGUUUUGCAUACUCAUCUCAACUGUUAUUGCUACAGGAGUGUUCUCUGCUGCAAUUAACAUACCGGGUGGUAUUGAUGAUGAAUCAAAAAAACCAAAUUAUUUGAACCGAACAUCAUUUCUGGUAUUUGCAAUAUCAGAUGGAGCUGCCUUCAUCUCAUCUUCAACUGCAAUAUUAAUAUUCUUGUCGAUUCUCAUGUCUCGUUAUGCUGAGGAUGACUUUUACAAGUCACUACCCUUGAAGUUGAUAUCUGGACUCAUAACUCUAUUCAUCUCCAUAGCAUGUAUGAUGGUAGCAUUUGGCAGUGCCUUCUUCAUAACAUACAACUACGGUUCGAGGGUUGUACCGGAUUCGAUUGCAGUACUUGUUUGUCCACCGUUGUUUUUGUAUAUAGCUCUGCAAUUUUCUUUAUGGUCAGAUAUCAUAUAUUCAACCUUCUAUUGUAGGACUCUAUUUCGACCAACCAGAUGUAUGACCUAUACAUGAUCUAUACUAUUAAGGAAGUAUAACAUUGAAAAUAGUAUAUAAUAAUUUUUUACGCAAGAUGUGUAUUAUUUUUAUUGUGUUGUUUUAUCAUUAUACAAAACCUGUGUUGUGGAGCAGACAGUACUAAAUGUUUGUGUUGAAAUGAGGCAG